AGUUCCGAUGUAGUCAAUCAGAGCGUCCUCCCCAGGCGGGCGCGUGACGUCAGAGGCGGGGCGGAGUCCAGUUGUAAUUUUUGGCGCGUUCCUGUGCCGACCGGGAAGAGGACGCGGUGUUGGCCGAGAUUCUUCUGCUCAUCUCUUGGGCCGCCCACCUGAUCUGCCUGCCGUCACACUUGCUCAUCUCAACUAUUCUCUCAACAACAUGGAUGUGGAGGAAGACAACCUGUCUCUACUGGCAUCCCUGCUGGAGGAGAACGAGGCAGCCUUGCCUUGUCACUCAGAAGAGAGAGACUCCUUGUCUCCCGAGGACCGUGAGCCUGAUGAAUUUGAUGAGCUUUUUGAUGCUGAUGGCGAUGGCGAAUCUUACACAGAAGAGCCCGACAGUGGAGAAGAGGGAAAGAAAGAAAACCAGGAGGAAAAUUUGGCCACUCUCUUUGGCGAUGUGGGGGAUUUAACCGAUGAUGAACUUUCUAUUUCGCAAGUUGAGAACAAGGUCCUCCCUGUUCCUGCUCCCAGCCAAGAAAAAACCAAUCAGGAGUUGCAAGAUGAAUUAAAGAAGUUGCAAGAGCAAAUGAAAUCCUUACAGGAGCAGCUAAAGGCAGCAUCAAUUAAACAGCCUCCAAGUGUAGCCCUUUUGCACAAAUCACCUGGAGGUGCAUCUCUUCAGCCCCCUCUUAAGGAAAAGAAAGUUCGGAGAAUCCAGGAGUCAGCAUGCUUUUCUGCAGAGCUUGAUGUCCCUGCUUUGCCCAGAGCCAAGCGGGUAGCUAGGACGCCAAAGACGCCUGCAGAGUCGUCUUCAAGGACAAGCGCACCCUCACAACCGCUACAGGUUAUUUCCAAUUUUCUAGAGCCCAAAAGCUCCUCUCCAAGACCAAAAAGUGCAUCCUCACCACAAACCGUUCCUGGAAACAAACCCAGUGGGAUGACUAGAAAUCAGAGCACAGGAACCCCUGGGAAUUCUGAGGAACGGGCCCCACAGGUUCCCCAGGUCUCCGUGGAAGCCUUCUCAGGCUUGCGACUCAGGCGACCUCGAGUAUCCUCCACAGAAAUGAACAGGAAAAUGACAGGUCGGAAACUGAUCAGACUGUCUCAGAUCAAGGAGAAGAUUGCAACUGAGAACCUGGAAGAAACGGACUGGGUGACAUUUGGGGUGAUCCUGAGAAAAGUCACUCCACAGAGCACUAACAGCGGGAAAACAUUUAGCAUCUGGAAACUAAAUGACCUUCGUGACCUGACGCGGUGUGUGUCCUUGUUCUUGUUUGGAGAAGUCCACAAAGAUCUCUGGAAGACAGAGCAAGGGACUGUCAUAGGAUUGCUCAAUGCAAAUCCCAUGAAGCCCAAAGAAGGCUCCGAGGAGGUGUGCUUAUCUAUUGAUCAUCCUCAAAAAGUCUUAAUUAUGGGAGAAGCUAUGGACCUGGGAACCUGUAAAGCCAAGAAGAAGAAUGGAGAGCCAUGUACACAGAUUGUUAAUUUGCAUGACUGCGAAUACUGCCAGUAUCACAUCCAGGCCCAGUACAAGAAGCUUAGUGCAAAGCGGUCGGAUCUGCAGUCGACCUUCUCCGGGGGACGGAUUCCAAAGAAGUUCCGCAAAGGCACCAGCCUGAAAGAGCGGCUGUGUCAAGAUGGUUUCUACUACGGUGGGGUUUCUUCUGAAUCCUUUGCAGCGUCCAUGGCAGCAGCUAUAGCUCCUAAGAAGAAGGUUCAGACCACUCUGACUAAUCUGGUUGUGAGGGGCACAAGCUCCAUCAUCCAGGAAACAAAACAAAAGCUCGGAAUUCCCCAGAAGAGCUUGUCUUGCUCCGAGGAGUUCAGGGAAUUGAUGGCCCUGCCCACAUUUGGAGCCAGAAACUUAAAGCAUUUAGCCAAAGCCAAGUCUUCAGAUAUAAUGGGGAGUCCAAAACCUGCCAUCCAGUCGAUCUCCGCGUCAGCCCUCUUGAAGCAGCAAAAGCAACAGAUGCUAGAAAUGCGGAAGAGGAAGUCGGAAGAGAUACAGAAACGAUUCCUUCAAAGCUCAAGUGGAGUCCAGAGCCCAGCAGUGCCGUGUUCGUCUCAACAGUCUGCUGCCCAGUCUCCUCGAAUUGGGGCCGAGUUCCCCAGGUUGGAAAAAACCACAGCCACACGGAUGCCUAAGCUUGGAAGAGGCUUCUCAGAAGGGGAUGAUGUUCUCUUUUUUGAUGAAUCUCCGCCACCAAGACCAAAGCUGAGUGCAGCAGCAGAAGCUAAAAAGUUAGCUGCUAUUGCAAAAUUAAGGGCAAAAGGCCAGAUUCUUACAAAAACGGAUCCAAACAGUGUUGUAAGGAAGCAGAUGUGUCCCCAAGAUGUGCUGGAAGUGAAGGAGCGUGCAGAGAAGAGCAACAUGGUUUCUCGUGAAGAAGAUGAACUGGAGCCUGCCAGGAAAAAAAGGAGAGAGCAACUUGCCUACUUAGAAUCAGACGAAUUCCAGAGAAUUCUAAAAGCAAAGUCUAAGCACACAGACAUCCUAAAAGAGGCCGAGGCUGAGCUACAGAAAUCCUAUUUUGAGCCACUAGUGAAAAAAGAACAAAUGGAAGAAAAGAUGAGGAACAUCAGAGAAGUGAAGUGCCGAGUAGUGACGUGCAGGACGUGUGCCUACACCCACUUCAAGCCACUGGAGACCUGCGUCAGCGAACAGCAUGACCUCCAUUGGCACGAUGGCACGAAGAGGUUUUUCAAAUGUCCUUGUGGAAACAGGACCAUCUCCCUGGACAGGCUCCCAAACAAGCACUGCAGUAAUUGUGGCCUCUACAAGUGGGAACGGGAUGGGAUGCUAAAGGAGAAGACUGGUCCGAAGAUAGGAGGAGAGACCCUGUUGCCAAGAGGUGAAGAGCACGCCAAGUUUCUCAACAGCCUUAAAUAACCCUCUGCGGAUGGUUUCUCACAGCCGCCCUCACUCCUCGUGCCUCUGUGUUGCCCUUCCUCCUGGUUGGCACUGUGAGGAAGAAGUGCUGGGUAAGCACCCUGCCUCCUCGCUUCCCGCUGUGCACUGGUUUGGCACCACCGUAACACUGACAGGCGCUGGGAAGUCAGCCUCCACAAUCUCUGCCGUUCACACUCCAGUGCCUGCCUUACAGCCACACAGAUGUGUGUCCCCAGUCUGAAAGGUGACCAUGGAACUGUGCAGAGAAUGAAUAUUUUAAUUUAAGUCACAGUCACGUUCAAGUGUUAAUAUGGACACCGAGAGACAAAAGAACAAACUUAGGAUGGCUAUCGGUGCUUGGUUUCCUUGUGUGUAAGCAAAGCCUGGGCUGCGUGUCUGUAGUCCCCAGCACUCACGUUCUGGGUGAAGAAUUUCCUUGCUGCUCCUGCAGUCUGAACGUGUGACACUGGAAGCCACCCUCUUUCCUUUUGUUCCGCUGUUGUUUCAAGUCACUGCCAAUUGUGACUCAGCUCUUUAAUGCUCACACUGCUAUGGGCCUCUGGAGUAGAAAUACCUAAAGGUGGCAUUGUUAAAAUAAAGCAGAUAUACAACCUGAGAAGCUGCAAAGCAUGACUCAAAAUCCAGCUGUGCAGACAGAAUCUCAUGGACUUUGGGGGUGGCAGCUAUACUUUAUUAUGUGUGUCAAGAAUCUUUUUUUUUAAAGUAAUUUUAUUAAAUUAUAAAAGUUUCCAUUUCCGCCCCUCUUCCCAACACCCUCGCACUCCCCCCAUGUGUCAAGAAUCUUAAAGAUCAAGAUCAAAGCCUCUACUUUUCCCCAGGAACUGUAGUUCUUGAGAUCAGACUGGCUGGACAACCUACUUUUCAAAUAGUAUUUGACCCGGAGGCGUGCUGGUGCUGUCUAAUGCUAGAGUAAACUGGAGGGAUCGUUACUCUGGAAUCUGAACUCUGACUGGACAGUGUCAAGAGUGUGUUCCUGUGGAAAGUAGUUACGAGGUUUUCAAGCUCCAAAGAGACAUCACAUGCUCCGGGUUUCAUACAGCGUUGUUUCUGCUCUGUGGGCAGAAGGUGCUAACCAUCGCAGAUCUAACCACCAUCCUCUUAGGAGUGCUGUGCUUACAGAACCUUUAGACUGUGCCUUCUCAUUUAACAAAGAAAAAAUAAAGUGUUUAUUAAUUAAAACCAAAGGUACUUGAAACUGAUGUUUGGAAUGAAGGUGUAUCUGAAGUCUGCCUAGAACGUGAACGGCGGAUUAUUCUUUGAGCCACGUUUACUAUGUGGGACAUGUGUUCUCAUCUGACUAGAACGUGACUGGAGCCUUCACUUACACACUGUCUUUACAAUGUUUCUGUAUUUACAAGGCUUCAUGGUGACCUGAGUCUGGAUGCCUUUAUUUUAAAACUUGAAUUUUAAACUUCUAAGUAAUUGGAAACACAGUGGAGCCACUUCCCACUUACAACUGAGUAUUGGAAGACGUGGAUUUGUGUCCGUUGUGUGUGGUUUCCCAGAAUAUUCAGGGGUAAAGAGGAGUAGCGAGAACUGCUCAUGAGCCUUAAAUAUUCAUUAAUGGAAUUAGCUUUAUAAUCCUGCUUUUUAGUGUUUUUACCAACUAGUAAAUCCUUUCAUGCAGACUCA